CGGCCAUGUUGUAUCCGCGGGGGAUUGGAGAUCCUUCGCACGGAACGGAGUCUGGGUUCAGUCGGGAGUUCACGGCGGGGUUCUCGGGCUUGAGCUCGUUUGGGUUUUACAUCAUUAUAGAUCUACACUCCUCGCUAUGAGCCGUCCGUCCUCUGCGGGUGGUGCGGCCGGAGGAUUCGGAGCUGGCAAAGCAGGAGGAAGUAAGCAUGGAGGCUCCGGAGGAACGACCGCCGCUGCGGCCGCAGUAGCAGCCGCCGCCUCCGCCGCGGGGGUAUCUGGCUCCGUUGCGGGCUCCGGCUCGGUCCCUCCGGCCGCUGUAGCCCUUCCAGCCGCGGCGCUACCAGGACAAUCAGCCGAACUGACAGCGCUGUUUGAGUGCCCGGUGUGUUUCGACUAUGUGCUGCCUCCGAUCUUGCAGUGCCAGGCAGGGCAUCUGGUGUGUAAUCAGUGUCGCCAAAAGCUCAGCUGUUGCCCGACCUGUCGCGGCCCUCUGACACCGAGCAUAAGGAAUUUGGCAAUGGAAAAAGUUGCAUCCACUCUGCCGUUUCCGUGUAAGUAUGUUUCGGCUGGAUGUCUUCUGUCCCUACAUCACACUGAGAAACCGGAGCACGAAGAGGUGUGCGAGUUCCGCCCAUACACCUGCCCUUGUCCAGGGGCCUCUUGCAAGUGGCAGGGCUCCCUGGAGGCGGUUAUGCCACAUCUCAUGCAUGCCCACAAAUCCAUUACCACCUUACAGGGGGAGGACAUUGUCUUCCUGGCCACGGACAUUAACCUGCCUGGGGCUGUGGACUGGGUCAUGAUGCAGUCGUGCUUCGGCCACCACUUCAUGCUUGUUUUAGAGAAGCAGGAGAAAUACGAGGGACACCAGCAGUUCUUUGCCAUCGUGCUGCUCAUUGGCACGCGAAAGCAAGCUGAGAACUUUGCCUACCGCCUCGAGUUGAACGGCAAUCGUAGGCGGCUCACAUGGGAGGCAACACCACGCUCAAUCCACGAUGGUGUUGCAGCGGCCAUCAUGAACAGUGACUGUCUUGUAUUUGAUACCUCUAUUGCCCAUCUGUUUGCCGACAAUGGCAACCUGGGUAUCAACGUCACCAUCUCUAUGUGCUGAGGUGGCAGCAUAAGCCCGAGAGACGGCUUUUCCCAAUGGCGGAAACCCUGGACAACUGCUGCUCCCUUUCAGACAGGAGAGUCUGAAGACAACGAGUGGGAGAUGUAUACAUUUGUGUAUAUUUCUGUUCAAGACUCUUCCGCUCAAACAGCCCACACUGAAGUUUCACUUGUAGGUUAGUUUGCUAGACGAAUGACAGAGAUUCUUUUCGAGAUAAACAGGGGUUCGAGUGUGCAGGUGUUGGCAAUCAGUUGAAGGCAUUGGUGCAGUUGAGAUUUUCUCUUGCACGGCCCAAGCAUACCAACACCUCAACAUUCUCAACCAUCUGACUACGCCCACAGUAGAGUCUGGGUAUGGAUGACCCUGUUUAGUGUCUGGGAUUACCUUCAUCAAGCCCAAAAUCCACAGGAACUUGUAAUCAGCUGGCAUAGUUUCACAAAAAUGAAAAUCAUCUGAUCAUCCGGGCCUUGGGCCAAGUCUAGGCAUGAAAAGCGGAACAUUUGCCUCAGAAGCGUACAAAACCUACGAGUACAAAAAUGCAUUGACUGCUUUGGCUUUCCCCUGGAAUAUCAAAUGGAACUUUGACAAUUGUAAAUGGCAAUGUAAAUGGUAAUAUUUUUUAAAUGUCUUUAUGAAAUAGAGUGCCCAAUGCUGAGUGUGCAUGGUGGAAAUAAAAUUCACUUACAAAAAAAGACUGCAUAGCCACCAUGUUUGUGAGGUAAGAAUCUGACCUCUUCACCAUGCUUCUCUUUUGAAUAGUUUUACUCUGCCUGUCCUUACUGUUAAGACAAUUUGUGAAUAAGGUUCUUUGUUGAAACUGAUUAAGAGGGGGGCUGUUUAAGUUUUUGAUUUACUGAAUAGAUACGAAGUUGAUCAUCAGCUACAGGAUUAGUGACAGAACUACAACUUUUUAGACCUUCAAAUACUCUUGAUCUUGCUAUAUGGUUAUAUAUAUUUAUAUUUGAGACUUAAUUUUUUUAAAAGUAUGUUUCUCACCACCUUGGAUUUUUAGUAUGCGUAGGAGCCAGUGCAGAAUUGCAAACAACCAGCUAUCCUUGUUGGUGCAUUUGACCACAUAAUACUGGUUUUGUUGUCACUAGCUGGGUUUCCAUCAAAAUGUUUCACAUUUUAAAGUGCAUUUCUAAAAAUUCAACUAAUGAAAAUACUCUCUGAAAAUAAAUUGUUGCGUUUGCACAUUAUCAUGAGGGAGCCGCCUUGUCAUGAUGAAGCAGCUGAAUCAUCUCUUUGCUCCAGGGAGAGUUUUAAUUGCAGGAUUGGACCAAUUGUACCUUGUUCUAUUAAAUGUUGUCAUGAGUUGCUGCAGAAUAAGUGUAAUAUCUAAUAUAAUGAGUGCUGAAAUGGCUGCGAUGCCCACACGCCAUCAGCAUACCUAGGAGUGCCCGUGUUCAAAACUGUUUUGGUGGAUUUUGAGGAAUCACUUUAACGACCAGCUGUGUGUUAAGGACUAUGUUCGAAGAACUGUGUGCCAAGAUCGGACCUUUCGUUGGACUUGUCACAUCAAGCUAUUUAACACAUAACACGUGCACACAUGGUCAAAACAUGUCAUCGUUUUGUGAAUAAACUGUUUCCAUCACCUUAAUGAGCAUUUUAACUAAUCAUAACUAGAAAAUUCACCUCCUCCUAGCGCAUUAAAUUUUAAGCUAACUUAGAAAGUUUAUUUGCAUAUCAGGCAUUUCCAUUCAGGAUUUCUUAUGCGCAAUUACAAAAUGUGCAUGAAAAUAGUUGGAAGGAAACCCAGCUAUUGUGUUUACAUGUGCAGCAAUACUCUGACAACUAUAAAAAAAAAAAUCAGCUUAUUAAAAAAAAACAACAACAUAAGAAACCAUCUUUACAGGAGAUUUGAAAUCAUUGGUUUAUUCUUUGCUUUUGACGUCAACAACACUUGCGCACAUUGGAUAAGCCGAAAAGAACUCCAGUAACGGUGUUUCAACGCAAAAUCAGGGAAAAAUCUACAUUUGUCAACCAGUUUAUCCUUAAACCGUUUAUGACCUUACCUCAUUAAAGAAACACCGUUUAAGGAAUGCGUUUACAGGACCACACACUUUGUCAGCUUAUUAGGCAUAAUCGGUGUAAGAUUGUGCAUGUAAACACGCUCAUUGUAUGUUACUUUGUCUUAUAUCUGAACCAAGAAGACGCAAACGUUUUGUAAAUAUACACACAAAUCUAGUUGUUUUUUAUAUUUGUUGUUAUUGUUAUGUCUCUAAUAUGAAUCGUUUAGUCUAGGUUGAAGUUGUUUACUCCAGCAAUCCAGCAAGGUAUGAGCGAAUAUUUAAGCGCCCCUUUGGUCAGAAAACCCACAAUGCCUUACUUGUAUACAAACUCAGUCUUUUAGAGUCUGCCUGCUUUAAGGACUCAGUCUCAAAUUCAGGUCACUAUGAUUUAAACCUCCGGUGUCUUGAAAGGACUGGAAGAGACACAUGCUUGUUUUAUGGGCUUGAAGGACAUAGCACGUUCACUGGUUAUCCUACUUUGGCACGAAAACCAACUUUGGUAACAGUUACACUGAACCCAGCCUCUAAUCAAAUACCUCUACGAUUUUGGAGAUGUCUGUACGAGAACUGCAUUAAUCUCCCUGAAAGCGGGUGGUUCCAUUUAAGACAUCCUGAGUUUGACACAACUGACACUUUCAGCCCUUCUUUAUCUCUCUGCUUCAUUCUCUAUUUAAAGUAAACGUAAAUGAAAUGUUUUAUAAAUAUUUUGUAGAGGAAAUAUAUUCCGUAUGUCCUUUUAUAGACCUAUAGGAAGAGGCGAAAGCAUCAAGCUCAAGUCCUCUGGUCAGUGUCUCUGCUCCACAGAUGUGUGGACCGACUCUCGUCCCCCAUGCUUGUGCGCUCGACAUGCAGUUGUCAUGGCAACUAAAUAUGCUAAUGAGAAAUCUAGCUAAUUCAUUCCUAGAAAAAUAUUCUUGUACAUUUUUGUAAUUCUCUGGAUAAACCUGAAAUCCUAUUUGCAGGCUUUGUAGAUAGCGGAGAUCAAAGAUAUCAAUGUAGUUUUCAAGGUACUUGGCUGACACAGAUCAUUCCUCUUGAGAUCUGGAAAAAUGAUGUCAAAUGGUGUUAGAAACACUCCCAUCACUAGAAAAUUUGGUAUAAAAAUAGCAAAUAUGUGUUGAACAGGAUGGAGUAUUUGCAUGUAAAUCAUGAGCCCUGAAGGAAGCUCCAAGCAUCGAAUGUUUGUGGAGUGUAAAUGGUUUAGAACAUUUUUCAACCAAAAAUGAAAAUUCUUUUCCAAACCCAUGACUUUUUUUCCUCCAUGGAAUAUAAAGAUGAUGUUAGGUUUGGAAGAACAUGAGGAUGACACUUUUCAUUUUUGGUUGAACAAUCCCUUUUAAUUUGCCCAUUUAGGCUGAUCUGUUUAGAUUUUCAAAUAAAAUGAAUAUACAGUGAUUACAUUAAUAUAUUCAUUCAGGUAUGACCAUGCAGCUAGUUGUUGCAUGUUGCAAAUUGUUGUAGCUCUAGAACAGAGACAAGACAUUUGAUGUCAAAAUAGCCCACCAGCCAUCUGUCCCUCUUCCACAGCAUUUCAGACUCCAUUAAAUAGAAGUGAACACAAAACUGAAUAAAUGCAUUUGAAUGAAGUGAGCAGGUGGUUCCCUGAGCUGUGUGCCAUGUCUUGCAAUCAAGCCAUCAGGAUCAAUAUGGAGUUCCACAUCCUAAUAAACUUGUGAAUAAACAAGUUCCCGCCAAGGACCAGAAUACUUAACAUGUAUGGCAGUGAAAUGGCAAGCUUUAUCUAUGAUGCAGCUUUGAUGUUUCCUGUGCCGACCCAGCGAUAACAAUUUCUGUUUUGGAGAUCAUUUCCAACUGUUAGUAUACAUAUUAAAAUCUAAUUGCCAGAUUAUUCCUUAUCAGUUCAAUUAAAUGUAUUAUGUUAGAGAAAAAACUUUUAAUGUUGGAAAAAAAUAUUAUAUUAAAAGGGACAUGGGUUUUACAACAGCAGUUCACAUUCACUACCCAAAUUCAAAAGCCUCAAUUGCAUUAUUGUUGGCUAUCUCAUCAAAAUCUUCUUUAAUAUUCUGUUUUUAGAUUGUGAUUAUGAUUUAAUUUACCAUAAUGAGUCAAGUGGAAACUUAAUACUCAUUUUAAUAUUAUAAUACAUUGAGAGAGAAGAGUUGAAGAACAGUCGCAAAUGUUUAAAGUCUUCUUGAAUUAGUUUGGCAAAUACUGUGAUGGUGAAGACAAUUGGGCUCAAGACCUAAAGAUAGCUUGCAAAAACAACAUUAAAUGGGCUAAAAAUGUCCACAACAAGAGUGCUAGUUAUAGAAGCCCGCUAAUUCCAAAGACCUGACAACAUUAUGGCUGCUGUUUAUAUUUUAGAUACUGGUGAUGUCCAAUUAAGAACUGAUGUAAACAUGUUUUUAUCUGUAUUAU